AUGAGGUCGAGCCGCAGUCGCGCCGCCGUGUCAACGGGCAAUUGUGUGGCUCAGUUCAUCGUGAUCGCUGCCGUUUUCAGUGUCGUGUAUCAGCUCUUCAUUAAGUCAGCUACAGUCAUCUCUCUGUCGACUGCAUCUUCGCUGGGUGGCGGCUACGACAAGGGCAAAGACUCGCGCCGCUUUACCUCGUCCGAGAUCACUGGCUUCUUGCUCUUUCUGGGACUCUUUGGGCUGUUUCAACACAAGAAAAAGCAGGAAACAAAGGCACACAAUGAAGCAAAGCAGAAGCAGAUUGUCAAGAUUAUGCAGAGCUUGAAACUUAGUUUUCAAACGGCAAGUUUAACGAGAUUAAGAGCUUCCGUGACCAAUUUGCCACGUGACGUCCUGUACGAGCUGCUAUUGUUUCUAUCACCGAAAGAAUUAGCUACUUGUCCAUUGGUAUGCAGAGCUUGGAACUACUAUGUUGGAAAUGCUGCUGAGACGCUUUGGAGGCACGUCUUUCAGCGGGACUUUGAUGAAACGGGCGAUAAAUUUGCCAACAUUUUCCCCACUGAGUGUUGGCGGCAGUUUUACUUUCGACAUCAUUUGUCACGAGCCGUUGAACUUGCGAGAUUAUUAGAAAUUACGCAUGGCCGUAAGUGUGUGGCAAUUAAAGGACAGGUGUAUGAUGUCACGGACUUUUUGGAGUUGCAUCCGGGUGGGCCACAUGUAAUCGGAGAUGCAGUGGGUACCGAUGCUACAGUGAUCUGGGAUCAGUUCCAGCAUUCCAAUGAGGCAAAAAGGAGCAUGGAGCAGUUUUUAGUAUGGGACAAAGUGCUCGCAAGGCCUGAGAGCGAGAAACUGCAUGGUAACCUCGAGUCUGUAAUGAUUCAAUGGCAAAGAACCUCGUGGGCGCUCACACACUGGCACUCCUUCGGACGCAUGGCGCCGCAAUUGGCCAACGCUGUAUUCCGCCUCCACUCACGACGUGUGACAAGUAAAAAAGACAAAGUGCCCGCUACUGCAUGA